CUUACCGCUAUGGAUGUGGGCAUUGGAAUUUUGGAUCUCAACGAUUACUGCCUUCAGAGGAUACUCCAUUAUGUGGACAUUAAAGGACAAAUAAGCUUUGCCCAAACCUGUGCUAGGUUUCGGGAUGUCUUCCAUGUCUGGUCACGUUGUGAAUACUCCUAUGUUUCGAUUGUUGGCGACGUUGAACCAAGGGAGUUGACCUUGCUCAGUCUGGUGGCCUCGAGUGUCAGAAAGCUGAAUAUAUUCGCUGACGAUCUGGUUAGUUCAUUCAAUGAUAAUUAUACAGACAAAAAGCACCAUAAUGUAGUUUCAAAAUUUUGCAACCUGAUCCGAAGCAUGGACUGCCUGAAGUCCAUCAAGCUAUGGCAGGUGAGUCCACAUCCGAUCGUCAAGCACAUACUGAGGGCAUUAAGAGACUUGCCUCGUCUGAGAAAGCUGUAUUUGUGCAUUCCAAUGCGGAUCACGAUAGACUUGAGUCGGUCUUAUCGGCUGAACUUAUUCUGGACUCCUAGGGAUCUACUGAGACACUGCAGAUCCCUGUGUAACCUGAGGACCCUACAUCUCUCCGAUGAUGUGAGCAGCUCCAAUCUCCGGGAUAUAGUAAAGCAGAUGCCGCAUCUGAAGGAUCUGAGCUUCUAUAUAGAUCGAUCUAAUAAAUGGAGUCUGUUUCUCUGCCAUCAAGAUACCAGAAAUCAUCUGACCAGGAUCUUUGACUUCCUGGCAAGCAAAAGGAGACUGGAAGUUCUCAGGAUCAAGGGAGAAAUAAAUGCUGACAACGAGGCCAAGUCCUUGGCUAACAUAAAAACCCUGAAGUCCCUGGAUUGUAGUUUCGCCAACCCCAACUUUGUGAUUUACCUGACCGAACUCACUUCGCUCAGGAGCCUGCGCAUAACAUCGCUCCAUGGCAUGGAUAUAUCUGCAACAUACCUACAGGUGAUUCGAAGCUGCAAAGAUCUUAAGUUCCUUCGCAUUUUCGAUUACAACAUUAGUCCGAACUUUGUUUCCUUGGCCGGCAAAGUGCUGGAAGAGAUCGAGUCGGAGAACACACUACAUUUAAGAGUCCACGGCCGCCAUAGCUCACAUUCAUUGAAGGAGUUUAAGUCAAAUGCUUUGGACCAUAAAAAUCUUUUAUUUCGUUCAAUAACAGCCACAGAACUUUUAACAUUAAUCUGAAAGGGGUUACAAAUAUUUUUAGAUGUAUAAAGUUAUGAUAGUUUUGUUUUUCAGUAUUAAGCAUUGGCUAGAGUUUUUUUCUUUCAACAUUUAAGAACGUUAUUACUAUUAUUAUAUUAAAUUUCGGAGAAGUCAUAUUUUUAAGUCUAAGCUUACUUAUUUCUAUUAUAUUUAAAAUUGUAAUCAAUUGCCAAAGUUUAGGUUAAGAAACAAAGGACAACUCAAAAAUCUAUAAAUAUAAAUAAA